UCGUUUCAUAUCAAGAUCAGAGCCCAUAGUUAACGGUCUGUUAGAGACCCUCCUAUCUUCGGCGCACACGUUUCAGAUUCCGUUGAUCUUUGGACCGUCCUCUUUUCAAUCAAUAUGUAGACCUCCGCUCAGAGACACUGAGCGACUACAACCAUAACGAUGCCUCAAGCGAUUCUUGCCUCAGCUCUGUACAAAGCUGCAAAAUUACACGAGUCUGCUCUACACAAUGCUAAAAUUGCAUCUGGUUAUACCGCUAUAGACGAAGCUCUCAACGGCGGCUUCAAAUGUGGACAAAUCACAUGUAUAAGCGGAGAAAGGGGCAAUGGCAAAACAUUGAUCGCAUUUCACGUCAUAGCCAAUCAUCUUCUUUCAAGCCAAGGCAGUCAAGCUGCCAUAAUCGACACGACAGGAACAUUCGACGUACUACGAUUAAGAAAUGUCAUUGUCGAUCAAAUCAAAGAUAAGCGCGUUCAUGAGCAUGCAGCUGCAGCUCGUGAGAUUAAAGGCGUCGUGGUCGAUCAUGAUGACGCUUUGGAUGAAACAGAAACGAUCGCUAGACAAGCCCUCGACCGCAUGAAGAUUAUGCGCGUCUUCGACUUUGUGGGACUUCGUGAAGCUAUAAACGAAAUCAAGGAAGAUCUUGAAAAUGUCGAAAAGGAUGAGGAGGUGGCGGGCCAAGGCGUUGCCAAUCACGGGCAACAAACUUGUAUAGCAGACUCGCAAGCUGAAGACGGAGACGAAGACAUCAUGGCUUCUGAUGCAAAGAAAUAUAUUCCAGAAAGUCCAAAACUCGAAUCCGUUAGUUUGCUCGUGGUGGACAACAUCACCAGUGUGCUUAACCCGCAUCUUAAAACGGAUUAUGUGCAAGGCCAGGCACUCCUUACAACGUUCAUGAGGUAUCUCUCAAGCCUGACCGUAACCUUCAGACUCACAACCCUUCUGCUCAACAACGCCGCUUCCCCAAACAAAACUCAUCUACCAUUCCCCAACCUUGCCCUCUUGAACAGCAACUUGCACCUCCCAUCCAGCACGUACAUCUCUGAACCCCUCAGUGCAAACUCACACAGCAUGCUCGAUCAGCCGUCCAUCUUCUCUUCUACCACUGCACGACCGAGUCUGGGCAAGACGUUUACAGGACUGGUGGAUUGUCACGUCUUACUUAGUAUGAUUCCGAAGAGAAGAAGAGAUGCUGAGAUCUUUGUGGGUGGAAAGAGCGGGGACGGUGAUAGGGUUGGGGUGCUGGAAGUGUUGUGCGAGAGGGGUGGGAACGGUGUCGGAAGGUGGGCGGCGUUCGAGAUCGGCCUCGCCGGGACGGAACUGAAAUUCCCUAUAUGAUUUCCAGAAUCCUCAGUCGGCCGUCCAAGCACACAUAUAUGUGCGCCAGAUAUCUCAUGCAGUUGGUAUAAAUUGAAUGAUGC